AUGGAAGCGGACGGGGACCCGGAGGAGCUGGCCCGGCUGCGCUCCGUGUUCUCUGCCUGUGACUCGAAUCGCUCGGGACGUCUGGAGCGCGAGGAGUUCAGCGCGCUGUGCGCGGAGCUGCGCGUGCGGCCGGCGGACGCCGAGGCCGUGUUCCAGCGGCUGGAUGCGGACCGCGACGGCGCCAUCACCUUCCAGGAAUUUGCGCGAGGCUUUCGAGGGUCCCGUCGCGGGGGUCGCCGAAGGAAUUGGGGGCCCAGGGAGUCUUCUCCCGCUGCGGCCGACGCGGGGCUGGAGCCCGAAGACAGCGCAGAAGAGGGGAGCGACGAGGACGCGGCAGUGGCGCUGGGUGCCCGGUGGGAUCCGGCAAGGCCCGGCCGGGCUUGGCAGGACUUCCAGGUGCGACUCGGAGAGGAAGCCAAAUUCAUCCCCAGGAAAGAACAAGUUGGUACCUUGUACCAAAACAUCAACCUCGUUGAACCAAGACUCAUUCAGCCCUAUGAACAUGUCAUAAGGAACUUUAUCCGUGAGCUCAAACUUCAAAGCUCAGAAAUGGAAAGCUUGGCCCUUGCUGUGAAGAGAGCCCAGGACAAGGCAGCCAUGCAGUUGAGUGAGUUGGAAGAGGAAAUGGAUCAGAGGAUUCAGGCUGCAGAACAUAAGACGCGGAAAGAUGAAAAACGCAAAGCUGAGGAGGCGCUCACUGACCUCAGACGUCAGUAUGAAACAGAAGUAGGGGACCUGCAGGUGACCAUAAAAAAACUAAAAAAGCUUGAAGAACAGUCAAAACACGUAAGUCAAAAGGAAGAUGUGACUGCAUUAAAAAAACAAAUUUAUGAUUUGUCAAUGGAAAAUCAGAAAGUUAAAAAAGACCUUUUAGAAGCCCAGACAAGCAUAGCCUUUCUUCAGAGUGAACUAGAUGCUUUGAGAAGUGAUUAUGCUAAUCAGAGUCUGAACUCAGAGAGGGAUCUGGAAAUAAUCCGAGAAUACACAGAAGAUCGAAAUAAUCUUGAGAGGCAAAUUGAAAUACUCCAAACGGCUAACCGGAAGCUGCAUGACAGUAAUGACGGCCUUAGAAGCGCCCUCGAAAACAGUUACAGCAAGUUGAAUAGAUCCUUGCGCAUGAAUAAUGUGUCACCAGGGAAUACAAUUUCUAGAAGCAGUCUUAAAUGUAACGGUCAUUCGGCUCCACCUCUGGCCUACGACAGGUCAUCCCGCUCCUUCUAUGUGGAUGAGGACUGUGACCCGUUGGCCCUCUGUGAUCCCAUGCACAGGAGGAGUUGUGAAGUGGACAGUCUGCCCGAGAGCUGCUUCGACAGUGGCUUGUCGACCCUGAGGGAUCCCAACGAGUAUGACUCGGAGGUGGAAUACAAGCCCCAGCAGGAAUUUAAGAGGUCACACGGGGCACAGGAGAGCUUGGCGGGUGAUGCUUCCGACACAGACGUUCCUGAUAUAAGGGAUGAAGAAACCUACGGUUCAGAAGAUGUGGCUUCUGUCUUAGACUGGAAGUCCCAAGGGUCUGUGAAUGAAGGCAGCAUUGUUAGUUCAGCAAGAAAGCCUAUCUCGGCACUUUCAGCUCCUACAGACACGGAAAAUGACAGCCCCAACUUCCCUGGCGCACAGAAGGCUUACAAGAUUGUGCUGGCUGGAGAUGCUGCCGUGGGGAAGUCCAGUUUCCUCAUGAGACUUUGCAAGAAUGAAUUUCGAGGAAAUAUCAGUGCCACUCUGGGAGUUGAUUUCCAAAUGAAAACUCUGAUUGUAGAUGGAGAACGAACAGUUUUACAACUCUGGGACACGGCUGGUCAGGAGAGAUUCAGAAGCAUUGCCAAGUCUUACUUCAGAAGAGCAGAUGGCGUUUUGCUGCUGUACGAUGUCACAUGUGAGAAAAGCUUUCUUAACGUACGAGAGUGGGUGGGCAUGAUUGAGGAUGCAGCCCGUGAGACGAUCCCUAUCAUGUUGGUGGGAAACAAGGCCGACCUUCGUGACUCCGCUUCUGCAGAGGGGCAAAAGUGUAUCUCGGGGUACUUUGGAGAGAAACUGGCCAUGACCUAUGGUGCCUUAUUCUGUGAAACAAGUGCCAAAGAUGGUUCCAAUGUAGUGGAAGCUGUUCUCCAUCUUGCUCGGGAAGUGAAAAAACGAACUGAGGAGGAGGAUAGCAAAUCCAUUACCAACCUGACUGGAAACAGUUCCAAAAAGUCAGUGCAGAUGAAGAAUUGUUGUAGUGGUUAA